AAAAAUCAUUAUUUUCCACUCAUCUUCCAAAAAUCUGCCAUGCGCUUUGGUUUCUGCAACUCCACGGGCGAUCUGCGAAUUGCGGCUCCCAUUCACUCGUCCGGCGGUCGGAGCUCGAGGACGCGAGCAUCUUCUUCCUCGUCCGACACCUGCGAUCCUCGCGAGUUCCGCGCUCCGGUGACGCGGGAUUUCCAGCUUCCGAGGAGCAAGAAGGUUGAAGACUGGGGGAUAGUGAUUGUUCAGGAGCUGUCUGGACACCUCCUUCCUUCAUUGACCUUAUGCUAGAGCAGGCAAAUAAAGGAAAUAAACUUGGUUUCACUUUAAAUGAUGAGGCUUGGAGAGAUCGGGUUUAUCCAUUCAACAAGGUUUUCAGAUUGUACUCCAUGAAAGAUUUCGUGAAUGGCCGUUGUGAUUGUCUAAAAAGGAAGUAUGAAUAUAUAAGGAAUGUUCUUGGGCGAAGAGGUUUUCCAUGGGAAGGAUUGAAGAAGUUAGUACCAGCAGAUUAUGAUGCUUAUAGUCAGGAAAAUUCAGAUCUGAACUCACACCGGACUGAAUCUGACCCAAACCAUUGUGUUUUGAGUUUGAUACGUGGAAAUUCACCAUCUGUUAUCCAGCGGCAUCACCAUAUCAGUUAUUAUGAUGGGACAAAACGAAGCUACUAUAAUUACUGGAGGAGUAAUUGGAUGUCACCUACAAGCCUCUUUGUGGAAGUUGACAACCAUGGCCAGGGAGGGAUUGGUCUCUGUCUCUCGUUCUCGCCCAUCAAGAAAUGCACAAUCUUCCUCGUUAUCCUUUCAACUCUCGCCUUUUUCCUUCUUAUUGUCCCUCCACCCUCUUCAUCUUACAUUCCUCUCUUACCCACAGUUCCCCGGCGAUCCCUCAGUAGCAAUGUAAAAUCCAUCACAGCCAAACCUUGUUCUCUCUUGGCUGAACACAGUGGCAUUGUCGACUACUCUGCCCUCCACUCUUGUCUCUUUGACCAAAACCCAUAUCUUUCAAUCCCUUUUCUAUCCUUAUUUCUCCUUAUUCAUUUCUAUAUCCUUAUCAAAACUGCGCAAGACCAUUUCUCUAUUGUCACCACCAAGCUCUCCUCUCACCUGAAUCUGACCCCCAGUAUGGGUGCGGUUACCCUUCUUGCCCUGGGAAAUGGUUCCCCUGAUGUGUUCUCUUCGGUCGCUGCUGUCCGGUCUGGACAAUAUAGGACAGGGUUUGGUGCUAUACUUUCUGCUGGCACAUUUGUAUCAGCAUUUGUGGUUGGUUUUGUUGCAAUUUAUGCUGCACCUUUUCCCUUAAAUCCAACACAGUUCGUGAGAGAUGUGCUCUUUUACAUGAUCGCGACAUUGUUUUUGUUUUGGGUGUACCUGAGUGGGGAGAUUUUUAUAUGGCAGGCAUUUGGAUUUGUUGGAUUUUAUGUUUUCUUUGUUGUCUUUGUAUUUUGGAUGGAUUUGGGAUCAGAGAGAGAGAAGGGCAGGGCUGAGGUGGGUUUGGUUGGACACAGUGAAUUAUCAAAUGAGUUGGCAGCAUCUGAUUGCGAGAGGGGAAGUAUUGAUGGUAGCAAGCGAAGGGUCAAAGUGACUUCCGGAUUGCAUCGCCCUCUUAAUAAGAUUUCUAAAGCAUGGAAAGUUCCCGUCUCUUUUCUUCUGAAGCUCACUAUUCCGCAAACUUCACCUUCAGAAUGGAACAGAUUAUACAUAUCUCUCAACAUUAUUUUUUGCCCAUUGGCCCUUUUAUACGCUUGCAACUCCUUCAUGCCAACAGAUCAUCCCAUCGUCUUCCUUGUUCCAAAUGCCCAUUUUCCUCUGUGGCUCAUUGUUCUCUUCACAAGCUCCUCCCUCGCCAUUCUUCACUUCAUCAUGGAGAAAGAACCACCAAAAACCGAGCAACUGUUUGUAAUCUUGGUAGCAUUUGUGAUGAGUGUGUUCUGGAUAUCCACCAUAGCAGGAGAGCUUUUGAAUUGCCUCGCUGCUCUUGGGACACUUCUUGAUUUGCCCCCAUCACUUCUUGGGCUAACAGUGCUUGCAUGGGGAAAUUCGGUGGGGGACCUGGUUGCUGAUGUGGCCAUAGCUAAGGCUGGCCAACCGGCAAUGGCCAUGGCUGGAUGUUUUGCUGGGCCAAUGUUCAACAUGCUUGUUGGGCUUGGAACUGCUUUGGUUAUGCAGACUGCCAAUGUGUAUCCAGAAGCUUAUGUACUUCACUUCCAUGUGGGUAUCGUGAUUGCAUUUGUGUUUCUGCUUCUAAGUCUGAUGGGCUCUCUCUUAGUGAUAACAUGGUGCAGAUUUCGGGUGCAUAGGUUUUGGGGAUUAUCUCUUGUGGGUAUCUAUGUUCUUUUUAUGAUAGUUAGUGUAGCUAUUGCCAAGUUUUCCACGUGACAGUUGCUGAAAGUUCAUCCACGAAAAGUUACUGCCCCUGCUUGCACAGUGUCUCUUCUUGGUGAAAGUACAAACAUCACGGGGACACCGGACUAUGCAAGAAACACCCGAUGAAGGCUACUCAGUUUUGUAUGUAGAUGGGCAGAUCUUGAGGACGGGACAGUAAUAACUUGAUUGGUAUUUUGUUCUUCUUUCAUAAUCCAUUGGUAUACUAGCUUUGUUAAUUAUUAGGAUCUAAAAAGAUUUAUUCCAAUGAAAAUGCCAUGGGUAAAUGUCGAUAUUUAUGUUUA